AGAAAUUGUAGUAAAAGUAAAGUGGGUGCGUUUAUGUGAUGUCGUUUAUUGGCUGGGGCAAUCAUAAAAUCAAGAAAGAAAGCCUGCCUCUAUUUUGUGAAAAAAGGGGAACCCAAAUCGAAGAGGAAGUGAAAGAAAGAGAGAGAGAAAAAAAAGAAUGGGCGUAGAGGAAAAUCUCAAAUCAUUGAGCAUCAAUGAAGAAGAGAACAAGAACCCUAACCCUAACCCUAACGUGAAAGAGGAGGAAUAUGAAGAGCUGGAGGACGGGGAGAUCGUAGUGGAGGAAGGGGAGAUCGUAGUGGAAGAAGAUGAUGCGACAUCGUCUUCGUCAAAGAAAGGUAUAAUUGAGCAGCCCCACCCUCUGGAGCACUCCUGGACCUUCUGGUUUGAUAACACAUCUGCCAAAUCCAAGCAAGCCACUUGGGGUAGCUCUAUGCGCCCUAUUUACACUUUCGCCACCGUCGAACAAUUCUGGGGUCUUUACAAUAACAUAAAUCACCCAAGCAAGUUGGCUGUUGGAGCAGACUUUCAUUGUUUCAAAUAUAAAAUUGAGCCAAAGUGGGAAGACCCUGUCUGUGCUAAUGGAGGCAAGUGGACUGUAACUUUCCAAAGGGGGAAGUCAGAUACAUGUUGGCUGUACACGUUGCUGGCUUUGAUUGGGGAACAGUUCGAGUAUGGUGAUGAGAUCUGUGGAGCAGUUGUCAAUGUGAGAGGCAGGCAGGAAAAAAUAGCAUUGUGGACGAAGAAUGCUGCCAAUGAAACUGCUCAGAUAAGUAUUGGGAAACAGUGGAAAGAGUUACUUGAUUACAACGAAACUAUAGGCUUCAUAUUUCAUGAGGAUGCAAAGAAGCUUGACAGAGGUGCCAAGAAUCGGUACACUGUAUGACUUGUAGUCCUGCUCUACUAGAUGCUGGGCGCGUGGCAAGAUUGCUUUUCAGGAUUCUGGAAGCACCUUUAGCUUCUCCUUUUUUGCCUCCUUACAAAAUAUUCUGAUUUGUUUCUCCUAUGGCUGUCCCUACAAGAAUUUUAGCUAGAUAAACAUAUGUUAUACUGCCUUAAAUUUCAGUUUGACCA